CCGGUUUGACUAGAACAGCCUGUCAAGCUAUACAGAGAUUUUAUAAAAACAGCAAUGGUUACCCGAAGGAUUAUGUUAUGAAUUAAAAUCGAUGACAGGUAUCGUGCCAUUAAAAAAAAAAGAACUUUAAUUAUGCAUAACUUUAAAUGAGAGCAGGAGCAUCGCAGCGGUUCUAACUUUAGAUCCGAUCAGUCCUUUAAAUGAACCCUGUGGCUGAAAUGACUUUCUGGAUGUGAAUGUUGUCAGCAUGGAUCGCUACAACGAGCUGAAACUACAGCUGAAGAGCUGGGAACAGGAGUUCCUGAAGCAGCACCAGAGGAAACCCACUAAGGAGGACAUCGAUCGAGCUCCAGAGGAGACCAGGAGGCUGUAUAAGGAGUAUAGGAGUUUAAAACAAGUUAAAGGAAUUAGCAGCAACGAUGCAUCCAGUGACCAAAGACAAGCUGCAGCCACAGCAGAGACCAACCCAACCAAUAAGGAAUUGGACUGUUGGGGAGCACAUCUGAAUCGCAAAGCAAUGCCGGUGUCUGCUCCAAGACUGUCAUCCCGGGAGAGGGACGACCUCAUGACUUCUUCGCAGUAUUAUGGUUUGAAGCUUAAAAACAACCUCGCUGCACUCAGUAAGGAGAAACCCGUUUCUCUGAAGAAGCCCCACCGAACUGGUCGAGUUCCUCUGAAUUCCUUGAAAGAUGAUCAAGAAUCACAAAAUAAAAACCUCUCUACUGUUUCUGCCUCAGCUGAAGAACAGGAAGAGGAACUUCUCAUGCCAAGAGGGAUGAAGCCAUUCCUGGGGUCAGCGACCCCUAAAAGCCUUCAUGCAGCGGAGCCUGAAGAGCACUUUAAACCCUUUAAACCUGAAUCGGAACAGGGUGAUGCUGUUAACGGCUGCAGUGACAGUAGCUCUGUUAGUUCCCAUCACUGUACCAGUAAUAGUUCUCAGCUUCAGGGCGUUAAAACUUCUCUUCCAGCCAGAUCCUCCCCUCUGUUAUCAUCUUUAUCCCCUCAAUGUCUCAUUGAAAGCACAGGAAAGGAAAAUAAAGGUACAGUAGAUAAAGUGGAGGAUCCAAACUCAGGAAGCCCAACUAAAAAGGUUGACCCUGAAGUUCCAGGUGGUCUUAAACGGAGCCCACCUUUACUUGCUCAAGGGGGUCUAGUUAAACGGCCCUCUCUUGCCAACAGGCUGAGCUUCUUGGACCGAAAUUGGUUGGAAAGGUGUCAGGUGUUCGGAGAGAUGGAAGCUGAGGAGAUCCCUGGAGGAGGAAACCGGGAAAUGAGAGAGAAGGAGAUACAGGAAAAGGAAGUAAGAGAAGAAAAAGCUAAACGAGAUUUGGAGGGUAAUCGGAGACAAUCUGUGGACUUGGGAGAAGAAGAAAAGUCAGCUAAUGCUUUGAGGGAUAACCCGAACCCUGCAACAGACUGUGCUUUACGAGGCGCUGGGGAAAAAAAAGGAACUGGCAACAUAGAGAGAGGACAGGCAUCGCCCCUUCCACGAGACCAUAACGAUAAGGAUGGUCUGAAAUCAGAAGGUGCAAAGAAGAGGGGGCGAAAGAGGCAGAGGGAGGGGGAUGACACGGUUGGAUCUGUCACAGUAGAUGGAGCCAAAAAGAAGCGAAGGAACAACAAAAAGAGCGAGGAGAGCUCAGCUGUAAGUCCUGAUCCAGCCGAUGGAGGGGAAGGGAAGAAAAAGAAAACAAAACGAAAAGAUAUCGCAGAAAGGGAAAAGAAGGAAGCAACACAGGAAGCAAAGAAGGCUCCUCAGGAAAACCUUUUAGGGGAACUUCAGGAGGAAUUUAGAACUAAGACUUUUAAGACUCAGCCAGUCAAAGCCAGAGGAACGAAAGGUGCAGAGGGGAACUUUGUGAAGAUAAACCUAAAGACGAAAUCUCACGUGAAAGGAUAUGCUUUACGAGGAGUUGCUUUACGCAAACAGCUUUACAUGCAGAAGUUUCAGCUGAAAGGGGAGCGAUUUGGUGGAGGUGCUGGAUAUUUUGGCCGAGGACGGAGGGGCGGAUUCAGAGGGUCGCUGAGUCGGCAGGGGGACACCUGUUACAAGUGUGGAGGGACCGGACACUGGGCUCUGGACUGCAAAGGACGAGUCCCCCCACCACCUGUUUCUGAGGAUCCUCCUGCAGAGGAGGAACCAUUUGAACUGCCCACCCUGGAAGAGGUUGCCAGGGCAACAGGAACGCUCAAACCUCAGCCUUUGGCAGCAACACCGUGUGUUAAAGCUGAACAACACCAAGAGGAAAGUGGAGUGGACAGUGGGCAGACAGAUGAGAUGUUGCUUAACGUAAUUCGCCCUGAUUAUGAGCGGCCUGCUCCACCACCACCAAUGGAACCUCUUUAUCCCCUCACAGAAGACGGGACAGUCCAGGAAACCCCUGCUGAAGUCUAUGCAGCUCUGAGAGAACUUGGCUAUCAGUCCUUCAGACCAGGACAGGAGAAGGCCAUAAUGAGGAUCCUGACAGGGCUGUCCACCCUGGUGGUGCUGUCCACUGGAAUGGGUAAAUCACUGUGCUAUCAGCUGCCUGCUUACCUGUAUGCACAACGAUCCAAAUGCAUCACUCUGGUCAUUUCACCUCUAGUUUCUCUAAUGGACGAUCAGCUGUCGGGCCUGCCCACCAAGCUGAAGGCUGCCUGCAUCCACUCUAAUAUGACCAUGAAACAAAGAGAAGCUGCUGUAGAAAAGGUGAAGUCUGGCCAGGUUUGCUUGCUGCUUCUGUCUCCAGAGGCUUUGGUCGGAGGAGGAGGUUCAGGUUCGGGAUGCCUGCCCUCUGCUCAGGAGCUCCCUCCUGUGGCGUUUGCCUGUAUUGACGAGGCUCACUGUGUGUCAGAGUGGUCACACAACUUCAGACCCUGCUACUUGAGGCUUUGUAAGGUCCUCAGGGAGCGCCUUGGAGUGAAGUGUUUGCUGGGACUCACAGCUACAGCCACUCUGUCCACUGCUCUGGACAUUGCUCAGCAUUUGGACAUCAGCGAUAAAGACGGGAUAGCUGUGAGGUCUGCAGCUGUACCGCCCAACCUGAAUCUGUCCGUGUCCAUGGAUAGGGAGAAAGAUCAGGCUUUAGUGUGUUUGUUGAAAGGAGAUCGUUUUGGCUGCUUGGACUCCAUCAUAGUCUACUGCACCAGGCGAGAGGAGACCGUCCGGGUGGCUGCACUGCUGAGGACCUGCCUGCAAGGGGUGGCAUUGAAAGAAAAUACCCAGAUAAGCAGCAACCAGAUACAGAACAACCCGGUUGGACAGAAAAAGAAGGAACUGGCUCGGAAGAAGAUCCGCAAACCCCUAAAAUGGCAGGCAGAGGCGUACCAUGCCGGCCUGUCGGGGUCCGAGCGUCGCCGUGUCCAGAACAACUUCAUGUGUGGGGAGCUCAGAAUCGUAGUGGCCACUGUAGCGUUCGGCAUGGGGCUGGACAAAUCCGACGUUCGUGGUAUCAUCCACUACAACAUGCCAAAGAGCUUUGAGAGCUACGUUCAGGAAAUCGGGAGAGCUGGUAGGGAUGGAGAACCAGCUCACUGUCAUUUAUUCCUGGAUCCUGAGGGUGGGGACCUUCAAGAGCUCCGUCGCCACAUCUACGCAGACACUGUGGAUUACUACAUCAUCAAAAAGCUGGUGCAGAGAGUGUUUCCCGCCUGUAAAUGUAAGAAGAUACAGCAGAAACAGCAGGAGCUCUGGAAGGAGGUGGAAGACACUGAUUUGUUGGAGAUGAUGGAUGUCUGUGAUCCGGAUGCCCAGGAAAAACCAACAGAAGAAAAGCAAGAAUCUAUUCACUUGGAGGUGUCUGACCUCGAUUCAGCUGCACAGAUUCCUGUGCACAGUGGGGAGGGAAACGGAAGACAAGAGCAGGGCGAGUCAGAAGAAGGAAAAGACAAGGAAGCAGAUGGGCAUAGUGAGCAGAAAGAGGACAGCUGGGAUUGGCCUGAGGAGCGGGUGUGCCAUACCCACGAGAGAGCCAUUCCCAUCCAGGAAACCGUUGAGGCUCUAGACAUCACAGAAGAAGGUAUUGAAACCCUUCUCUGCUACCUGGAGCUGCAUCCGCAGCGAUUUGUUGAGCUUCUCCACCCAACUCUGUCUGCCUGUAAAGUCAGGUGCUACGAUGGACCAAGGCAACUCCAAAAAAUCACCAAAAUUUGUCCUCCGGUUGCCGUGGUGUUGGCCAGACAACGAAUGAGAGGCGAGCGGGUGGAGAGUUUGGAUCAAGUGGAGUUUGAUGUUGUCGAGGUAGCAGACACUAUGGGAUGGCAGCUUCCCAUGGUGAAAAGAGGACUCAGACAGCUGCAGUGGAGCACAGAGAGAGGAGGUGGAAGAAGCGGCAUCCAUGUUGAAUUCUCUUCCCCGUCGUUUUACUUCCGAUCUUUUGGAGACCUGAGUGACGAAGAGAUGGACAGAGUUUGUCAGUUCCUUUAUAACCGAGUGCAGGAUCAGGAAAGAACACAGCUGUAUCAGCUCACAGCCUGCUUUAAGGCCUUCAAGAGUGUUGCCUUCCAGAGUGCUAUGUCCUGUGUCAACGACUUGGAUGAGAGUCGCAGUCUGCAGCUGAAAAACCUUCUCUCUGAGUACUUUGACCGGCGUCGAGACAGAGAGCAUGCACUGCAGCCAGUGGACCUGGAGGAGCCCGACAAAUACAGGCUGUUGGACUGGGAGAACCAGAUCAGAGCAGACAUCAGAAGUUUCCUCGGCAACAGAAGUGAUGAGAGGUUUUCUGGCAGAGCUGUUGCAAGAAUCUUGCAUGGCAUAGGCAGUCCUUGUUAUCCUGCCCAAAUAUAUGGUAAAGAUCGCCGUUACUGGAGGAAAUACAUCCAAUUUGACUUCAACCAGCUCAUCAGGCUGGCUACCCAGGAGAUACUUCACUUCAAGUGAUUGCUCUCGUCUGUAAUAACAUUUUUUUGCAGGUCUCUUUACAUGCAUUUGUGCACAUAUUUUAUGUGUAACAGUUAUUUAAAAUGUAGCAUGUUUUUGUCCCUUUUCUUUUUCUGUCAACAUUUAUUUAAUAAAAAUAUUUUCCUA